UUACGCAGCGGUUACGCACCAGCGUCGGAGCUCCGGUUUGAUUCCUCUGUGCUGCACGAUAGGAGGCAUUGCGAUGGCAGUCAUGAUCAGGAACGAGGUUUUCUCCUGCUUUGUUUUCUACGGCGUGCUUCUGGUCAUCAAAAUGUACGUUGUGGCAAUUAUAACGGGACAAGUGCGGCUGCGUAAAAAGGCUUUUGCCAACCCCGAAGACGCGCUGAGACACGGAGGUUUACAGUUUCACAGAGAGGAUCCAUUCGUGGAAAGAUGCCGGAGAGCUCACAUCAACGACAUGGAGAACAUCCUCCCCUUCCUCUUCCUGGGCGCCAUCUACUCCAUGAUCGGGCCCUCGCUGUCGGUGGCCCGCUUCCACUUCCUGGUCUUCUUCCUGGGCCGCAUGCUGCACACCGCCGCCUACCUGCUGGCCCUGCGCGCGCCCACCCGCUCGCUGGCCUACACCGUCGCACAGAUACCCUGCGUCUCCAUGGCUCUGCAGAUCCUGAUGGCGGUGGCGGCGUACGCCUGAACGGCGGCCGGGGGUCAUCGGGACCGGGAUCGGGUCUCUCGAUCAGACAGGAAUAUCAGUGGGAGUGCAAUACGAGGUGUGUGAGCACACCAGCGCUGGUUUCUGUGAGAUUCAGUCAGUAUUUUGUUUUUUUUUUUUUUUCUAUUCACUAAGCUCAAAUGUGACAAAUCUUGAAGUUGCCAAGGACUGUGCACGUAUGUGCAAAAUGCAAAAUGAAGGCUGUUGCUUGUUCUGACAGGAUCUGUUGGCAUUUGCUGUAGAUUUCCCAGCACUGCUCCGUAUGUUUACACACGGACCCAGACCGCCGUCCUCCUCGUGGUGGACUCAUCUUCCUGUGCAGAUUAACGUGUGUUUAGGUUGGAUCCAGGAGCGCCAGCGGGCACGGGGGAAGUGUCAGUGUCACAAAACGACUGCUCCUUCUCAACUCAAAAGUCCUGGAACAGCCUGCAGAGGAAGAAGUUCUAUCUGUGAAAACAUGUUUUAACACUACCUUAAUGAUAAUUUAUUCUUCAUUUUAAUGUAUACGGUCAUGGAUCCAUCUCUGUUGGAAAUAAAAGAACUUUCAGUGGA